UGAUAAUGCGGUCGCUCUCGCUGGCAUCAAAUUUCAAGACGAAGAAUACCUCCCACCCGAAGUUGGGGAUUCAUUGAGUUCCAAUGGGCCCCGUAAUUAUGCUUCUUAGAAAGGCUCAAGGAACCGGGGAUAUUGUCCCUACAAACAACGUAGCAUUAUGGCCAGCACACUCUCAAACGGGGGUCCAUGAUGACAGAGGUGAUGGGGAUGAGAUCCCUGAGCUGCUACAAUCACAAGUUGCAUGCACACUCUGGGAAUUUGGCACGUUCUUGAACCUGAUUCCUGACAUUCCGUGCGAGAACACGAAUCCUUCAAUCGGAACCUUCUGCGCUGAUCUGCAGUAUUGGUCAACGUCACUGACGCAAUAUAGAGGUGACGUCUCCAUCCACGCUCACCCUCUUACUAGUAUGUUCAUGGGAGCGAAAAACAGUCAUCCAGUCAUCCAUGCAGCGAAUCCAUCAAUCGUGACGCCUGCAGGAACGUUUGAUGGCAAUGAUACCUAUAGUCAAAUCGCGUGGUGUCACCAAAUGCUGACACGAACGACUCGCCGUAUCAAAAUGUGGAAGGCGGAGGUGUGUAUCAUGCAUUUGGACAUCGGGACUGACGUGACACAAUGGAUAGGACAACACAGCGUCGGGACAUUCAAGUCUUUGGUGGAUGCCAGAUAGCGCUGUUGCAGAUAAACAAUCUGUCUUUAAAUGGGUCCGACCAAUGGAUUGCGUCGCUUGGAGCGGAUGCGUCUUGCGGUUACUGGAGAUUCAACUAAGUGUGUUUCUCGUCCUUU